AUGAGUCACCUCAGUGCGAUGUACGCCACCAAACGGCGUCGCCGGAAUUCCAAAAACGUACGGGUAGCGCCGAAGGAAGGCCCCAAUGGUCAGCCGGUAAAGUCAAACCCCAGCAAGCGGCACCGAGAGCGCCUGAACGCCGAACUGGACACGCUGGCCAGUCUGCUGCCUUUCGACCAGAACGUGCUGUCCAAGCUGGACAAGCUGUCCAUACUCAGGCUGAGCGUCUCCUACCUGCGAACGAAAAGCUACUUCCAAGCGUCCUUACACCGCAACAUGGAGAGGCACGACGGCCACCAGCACAAGAGCAGAGAGCUGCUGUACAUCGAGUCACUCGUCGAAGGAGAUCUCAUUCUGCAGGCGCUCAAUGGCUUCCUGCUCAUACUCACCUGCGACGGAGAAGUUUUCUACGCAUCUCAUACGGUCGAAACAUACCUGGGCUUUCAUCAGUCAGACAUCUGCCACCAGAGCGUGUACGAGCUGGUGCACUCGGAGGACCGCGAGGAACUCCAGAGGUUCCUGCUGUGGAACUCGCAGCUGCCUUCCGAUCGCAGCGCCAUCUCGCUCCAGGAGGCCCUCUUACCCGAGAAUGCUCAGUACCUGGAUAGGAAUUUCACCGUGCGCUUUCGUUGCCUGCUGGACAACACCUCCGGUUUCUUGCGGCUGGACAUCCAGGGCAAGAUCCGCGUCCUUCAGGGCCAAAACCACAAGACCGAGGAGCCUCCGCUGGCGCUGUUCGCCGUGUGCACGCCAUUCGGGCCUCCGUCCUUGCUCGAGAUGCCCCAGAAGGAGUCCAUGUUCAAGAGCAAGCACAAGCUCGACCUGGCACUAGUCUCCAUGGACCAGAGGGGCAAGCACCUGCUCGGCUACGCGGACUCGGACUUUAUGAGCCAAGGCGGCUACGACCUGGUUCACUUCGACGAUCUCGCCUACGUGGCCAGCGCGCAUCAAGAACUGCUGAAGACGGGCGCCUCGGGGCUGAUUGCGUAUCGGCUCGCUACCAAGGACGGCAAAUGGCAAUGGCUGCAGACCAGCGCGAGGCUGGUUUACAAGAACUCCAAGCCGGAUUUCAUCUUGUGCACGCACAGGCCUCUUAUGGAAGAAGAAGGCCGCGACUUGCUCGGCAAGCGGACGAUGGACUUCAAGGUCACCUACUUGGACGCCGGCCUGACGACGUCCAGUAGCUGCUCGUCGACGAGCAGCGAACGAAACAGUGCCAGCAGCAUAGGAGGCGGCGGGGGCGCGAGCAGCGGCAACAACUGCAACGCCAACUCAACCGGCGACGCCGGCGGAGCGCUGAUGUCCGAGAACGACUUCAUCCUGCGCUGUCAGAGGAACCGACGCUACAAGUCGCAAAUACGCGACCUCCUGAGCCGCGGAAAGCGGAGCAAGGGCUCCUCGUCGAGCAAGAACCCCACGCCCCCGCCGCCGCCGACGACGUACAGCAUCGAGGACUACGGCAACAUGUACGCGACCGCAGCGCCGUACGCUGCUGCGGCCGCCGCAGCUGCCGCGGCGAGCGACAGCGGGCUUCCGCCGGGAUACGGCGUGGCGGCCCAGAACUUGUUCCUGGACAACUCGAGGUUUCUGGCACCCGAGAACUUCCUCCACUACCGGCACCUCAGCGGAUACUACGCGCCCGAGUAUCCCCAGUACGGCAACGGCUUCCUCGACCCCGCCACCAGGUAUACGCCCUACCAGGAGCAGAAGGACGACAAGCUGUACGCCUGUCAGAUAGACAAGUACAACGGCGUCCAAGCGCCCAAGGCCUCGUGCUGCGACCCUUACAGCGCCGUACUUCCCGACAGCAGGCAGCUCGGCUUCGGCAGCCUCUCGGACUGUUUGCUCAGGCCGGCCAAGGCUACAGCCGUGCCGGCGCCCAAGGAAGACAUGACGCGGCAGAGCGUGCUCAUGUGGGGCGCGCCCCCUCCUCCUCCUCCACCCCCGCCGCCGCCUCACACGGCGCCUCAACACCCCGUGUCUGGAGCCUCCGCGGCGGACCCCGGCUGCAAAUGGGGCGGCCUGGCGUCGGCGCCAAAGACCAGCUCACCGCACAACAGCUCCAGUCCUGUCGGCGCCCGGGUGGCUCCGACGCCGUACGCCGCGGCGCCCACGUACACGCACGAAAUGGUUCCGGAGUUGCCAGGGGUGGACGUGCUGCGCCAUUCUGCGCCAAUCUGA